AGGUAGUUAUGAGUGGGGGCUUGCCGCGUCGUAUUAUGAAAGAAACGCAACGACUGGUAACUGAACCAGUUCCUGGAAUUGAUGCUAAACCCCACGACAACAAUGCAAGAUAUUUCAAAAUUACGAUAGAUGGACCAAAGGAUUCGCCUUACGAGGGCGGUAAAUAUCAUUUGGAACUAUUUCUACCCGAAGAGUACCCAAUGGCGGCACCCAAGGUCAGGUUUACAACUAAGAUCUAUCAUCCGAAUAUCGACAAGCUGGGUCGGAUUUGCCUGGAUGUUCUUAAAGACAAAUGGAGCCCUGCUCUACAGAUUCGCACAGUACUAUUGUCUAUUCAGGCACUUUUGAGUGCUCCGAAUCCAGAUGACCCCUUGGCAAAUGACGUCGCGGAGCAGUGGAAGUCGAAUGAAGAUCAAGCCGUUGAAACAGCUAGAGCUUGGACGCGUCUCUAUGCUAAUGGAAACUGAAGAUGAUAACUCUUACAUCUAAUCCUGCACAUAUUAUAAUUCAAUGCUGUUUCAUUUACUACGUCGUAAUUUUUUCUGAAUGAAAAACUGAUGGAAUGUCUGAUAAUUAUGUACCAUUUUUGAAUUUAGUUUGAUUCCCCGA